AUGGACUCGAGCACCAUCAAUCGGACGACGUAUCAAGGCGGAGUGGGCGAGCGCUAUCAAGCUACGAGGCCCAAGGAUGGAAUAGAUAAACCGAGUGAUCCAAUGGACUCGAGCACCAUCAAUCGGACGACGUAUCAAGGCGGAGUGGGCGAGCGCUAUCAAGCUACGAGGCCCAAGGAUGGAAUAGAUAAACCGAGUGAUCCAAUGGACUCGAGCACCAUCAAUCGGACGACGUAUCAAGGCGGAGUGGGCGAGCGCUAUCAAGCUACGAGGCCCAAGGACGGAAUAGAUAAACCGAGUGAUCCAAUGGACUCGAGCACCAUCAAUCGGACGACGUAUCAAGGCGGAGUGGGCGAGCGCUAUCAAGCUACGAGGCCCAAGGAUGGAAUAGAUAAACCGAGUGAUCCAAUGGACUCGAGCACCAUCAAUCGGACGACGUAUCAAGGCGGAGUGGGCGAGCGCUAUCAAGCUACGAGGCCCAAGGACGGAAUAGAUAAAACCGAGUGAUCCAAUGGACUCGAGCACCAUCAAUCGGACGACGUAUCAAGGCGGAGUGGGCGAGCGCUAUCAAGCUACGAGGCCCAAGGAUGGAAUAGAUAAACCGAGUGAUCCAAUGGACUCGAGCACCAUCAAUCGGACGACGUAUCAAGGCGGAGUGGGCGAGCGCUAUCAAGCUACGAGGCCCAAGGACGGAAUAGAUAAACCGAGUGAUCCAAUGGACUCGAGCACCAUCAAUCGGACGACGUAUCAAGGCGGAGUGGGCGAGCGCUAUCAAGCUACGAGGCCCAAGGAUGGAAUAGAUAAAACCGAGUGAUCCAAUGGACUCGAGCACCAUCAAUCGGACGACGUAUCAAGGCGGAGUGGGCGAGCGCUAUCAAGCUACGAGGCCCAAGGAUGGAAUAGAUAAACCGAGUGAUCCAAUGGACUCGAGCACCAUCAAUCGGACGACGUAUCAAGGCGGAGUGGGCGAGCGCUAUCAAGCUACGAGGCCCAAGGACGGAAUAGAUAAACCGAGUGAUCCAAUGGACUCGAGCACCAUCAAUCGGACGACGUAUCAAGGCGGAGUGGGCGAGCGCUAUCAAGCUACGAGGCCCAAGGACGGAAUAGAUAAACCGAGUGAUCCAAUGGACUCGAGCACCAUCAAUCGGACGACGUAUCAAGGCGGAGUGGGCGAGCGCUAUCAAGCUACGAGGCCCAAGGAUGGAAUAGAUAAACCGAGUGAUCCAAUGGACUCGAGCACCAUCAAUCGGACGACGUAUCAAGGCGGAGUGGGCGAGCGCUAUCAAGCUACGAGGCCCAAGGACGGAAUAGAUAAACCGAGUGAUCCAAUGGACUCGAGCACCAUCAAUCGGACGACGUAUCAAGGCGGAGUGGGCGAGCGCUAUCAAGCUACGAGGCCCAAGGACGGAAUAGAUAAACCGAGUGAUCCAAUGGACUCGAGCACCAUCAAUCGGACGACGUAUCAAGGCGGAGUGGGCGAGCGCUAUCAAGCUACGAGGCCCAAGGACGGAAUAGAUAAACCGAGUGAUCCAAUGGACUCGAGCACCAUCAAUCGGACGACGUAUCAAGGCGGAGUGGGCGAGCGCUAUCAAGCUACGAGGCCCAAGGAUGGAAUAGAUAAAACCGAGUGAUCCAAUGGACUCGAGCACCAUCAAUCGGACGACGUAUCAAGGCGGAGUGGGCGAGCGCUAUCAAGCUACGAGGCCCAAGGAUGGAAUAGAUAAACCGAGUGAUCCAAUGGACUCGAGCACCAUCAAUCGGACGACGUAUCAAGGCGGAGUGGGCGAGCGCUAUCAAGCUACGAGGCCCAAGGACGGAAUAGAUAAACCGAGUGAUCCAAUGGACUCGAGCACCAUCAAUCGGACGACGUAUCAAGGCGGAGUGGGCGAGCGCUAUCAAGCUACGAGGCCCAAGGACGGAAUAGAUAAACCGAGUGAUCCAAUGGACUCGAGCACCAUCAAUCGGACGACGUAUCAAGGCGGAGUGGGCGAGCGCUAUCAAGCUACGAGGCCCAAGGACGGAAUAGAUAAAACCGAGUGAUCCAAUGGACUCGAGCACCAUCAAUCGGACGACGUAUCAAGGCGGAGUGGGCGAGCGCUAUCAAGCUACGAGGCCCAAGGAUGGAAUAGAUAAACCGAGUGAUCCAAUGGACUCGAGCACCAUCAAUCGGACGACGUAUCAAGGCGGAGUGGGCGAGCGCUAUCAAGCUACGAGGCCCAAGGACGGAAUAGAUAAACCGAGUGAUCCAAUGGACUCGAGCACCAUCAAUCGGACGACGUAUCAAGGCGGAGUGGGCGAGCGCUAUCAAGCUACGAGGCCCAAGGACGGAAUAGAUAAACCGAGUGAUCCAAUGGACUCGAGCACCAUCAAUCGGACGACGUAUCAAGGCGGAGUGGGCGAGCGCUAUCAAGCUACGAGGCCCAAGGACGGAAUAGAUAAACCGAGUGAUCCAAUGGACUCGAGCACCAUCAAUCGGACGACGUAUCAAGGCGGAGUGGGCGAGCGCUAUCAAGCUACGAGGCCCAAGGACGGAAUAGAUAAACCGAGUGAUCCAAUGGACUCGAGCACCAUCAAUCGGACGACGUAUCAAGGCGGAGUGGGCGAGCGCUAUCAAGCUACGAGGCCCAAGGAUGGAAUAGAUAAACCGAGUGAUCCAAUGGACUCGAGCACCAUCAAUCGGACGACGUAUCAAGGCGGAGUGGGCGAGCGCUAUCAAGCUACGAGGCCCAAGGAUGGAAUAGAUAAACCGAGUGAUCCAAUGGACUCGAGCACCAUCAAUCGGACGACGUAUCAAGGCGGAGUGGGCGAGCGCUAUCAAGCUACGAGGCCCAAGGACGGAAUAGAUAAACCGAGUGAUCCAAUGGACUCGAGCACCAUCAAUCGGACGACGUAUCAAGGCGGAGUGGGCGAGCGCUAUCAAGCUACGAGGCCCAAGGACGGAAUAGAUAAACCGAGUGAUCCAAUGGACUCGAGCACCAUCAAUCGGACGACGUAUCAAGGCGGCUUUGGUGAACGUGCUGAUAUUGUCAAGUAUGGCAACCAAAUAGACUUCGGAUCAGGGAAAGUGACAGCUCAAUCUGUAUCGCGGUCGGUUUUCUUUUCAUUUUUAAACUGAAAAUCGUAUACUUUUCAGAUUGACCUACACCCAAUUUCCCAUCGAACGAAUGUCUCUGUCUGUUCCAGUGGAAAAAUGGAUCGGCGGACUUUCCUAUCCAACUGAAUAUGUCACUGAACAACGAAGUUCUUUCCGACCAAAGCCCGCUAAUUCUGACUCAUUGGUGA